ACAACAAACGACACAAGUAGAAUAAACGCUACAAACACUGUUUCUGAUACUUUCAGUAUCCUAUUAGUAAUAGUAUUACAAAGCAAUACCAAACGCGUUUAUUAGAGAUGCUCGUUACCAGUUUUGCGCUAGUGAUACUAACUUACCCUUAAGACGCAGCUUACAGUUGUUAAUUGUUUUGUUUUUAUAGCGGAAGAACCCGCCUUAAAAUUGUUUUGAUUUAUCCAAGGCAUUUGCAGUGGUGGGAUUGAUUUAAAACGUGUGUAUGUCGCCCUUUAAGGAUGUUUUUUUGCUUGGGGCCGUUCCAAUACUUAAAAUGACCAACCAGGGCAGCAUCCGGUUACAGUCGGCCAAUGAUAAGUGGAAUUAAGUGAAAAGCUAAAGAUGGCGGCGAAUCUAAAAGAAAGAAAUUUAAACUAUUACUAACGUGGUUAAAAUGUGUUAUUUUUUGUUUUUAUAAAAUAUGUGUUUGUACAAGACAUCGUCAAUAUGACGAAAAGGAGAAGACAUUUUGGGGAGUUGGAAAUAAAGAAAGAGAGACCAAAAGACAGACGGAGAUCAAACAAAUCGAAAACAAACAAACUGAGCAGAGGCUUACUGUAUACACAGUUUUCCCCUACAUCUACAAAAAGUGAAGAUGAGAAAACUCCUAAAAGAUAUUUAAGGACCAGUCAUCACACAUCAAGUUAUGCAGUCUCUCCUUGUAAUGACAAUGAGUUACACUUCCAGCAAGAUAUAUUUUGGGACCCAACUUAUUCACCAGCCAAAUUUGGUAAAGGAGAAAACAAACUUGCAGUCAGUGGACAUGCUGUAGAAAUUUCAGACAUUGUGAAUCGGAUUGCACCCAAGGAUGAAAAACCAGCCGGCCCUGAAGUUCCACUGCUUGAAAUGUGGAUUGGUGACAAUGCAAUUCCAUGUACUCCUGAGGUACUUCGGGCUAGACCAAAAAAAAAUUCCUUUAGGAGCAGUGGUGUGGAGGACCUUUUGAAGUUAGCAAAGCAGUUUGACAGACAUAUGAUUCAACAAGAUGGUGAACAAUAUCAUGACAAAGAUCUAGAGAAUAUUUUCCAGCAUGAGAAUGAAGACCAGAUGGAAUCAGAUAUGCAUGAAAAGGGUCUUCCUCCUUUAGGUGAACUGACUGGAAUGAAAAAUAGUUCCUUUAAUUCAAAAGAUGCUGGCAUACAAGAGGAAAUUCAAAUUAAAAACAGUAGCCAGAAAUCGGUGGAUCAGGAGGCAGAAGCAGAUAUCAAUGCCCUGUUUGAUGGCCCUACUCAGCCCUUGAGUGGUAGACUGAGUCAGACUUCAUCAAAGUCAUCACUUUCGUCACCAGAAAGAAAGUGCAUGUUUGGUGCAGAGACUAACAAAGUUACAAAAAAAAGGACUUGCGAAGGGGGUGUGAACUUCAAAUUUAAUAAGCCUCCUGGGUUUGGAACAAAGCCGAAUUCUUACCAAAAUACAACACAGCAAUGUGCAAUAAAGCGUACAACUGUUUCUUCAUCAAAACCAACUGUAAACGGAUCAGAAAUGGCAUCUAAAUCGCCAGUGUCAUCUGUAUCCACAAAUGAUUUUGAUGAUGAUUGGGGUAGUGAUGAUUUGCUUGAUGACUCUCUUGUCUUAGAAAUUACUCAGAACCCUGAGCUUAUUGCAACUCCCAAAGGGACCCACUGUUCUAAACAGACAGGUGCUAGUAUUACCCCAAAUCAUCAGAGUGUGUCUGGGGAAGAGACAAACAAAUGUAUUGAACAUGGCAGCAGCGUGUCUUCUAUGUUGCAUAGCGGUUUAACUAGUAAGGAGUCUUGGCAGUGUGGCAUUGAUAUUAAUCCUGGAGAAUUUCAGAGAAUAAACCUUGCUUUUGAAAAAGUAAGGAAUAGAGCUAGUUUUAUGCUGCAUAAAAACUCACAGGUCCAAGCAGGUGAGACAAGUGCAGAGAAUAUAUCUAAGCAGACUGACUUUUGUGCAUCAAAUAAACCUGAACUACAGAAAGACUUGCAUCAACAAAAGGUAUAUACAAAUGAAACUAGGUUCAACAAAGGGUCACCCAGCACACCUUAUAAAAAUAUACACAACUUUCAGCAGGUUGAAAGUGGAAGCAGCACACACAAACCCUUUAAACAGCAAAUUGCAACAUCUUCUGAUUCUAAGUCUGUAAACCAAUCCAUCAAAUGUCAAGAAAUCAGAGUUGAGGCACCAAAACAAACCACCUCUUUGGUUGAUGACUGGAAUGAAUCCAGAUUCUCAGAUGGAGUUUUAAUAGAUGCUCUUGAUGAGUGUGGCAAUCUUUGGGGUGAUGUCAGUGAUGAUGACUUGUUUUAUCAGGUGUGUGAUGAUGUAGAAAAGUUGGCUGAGGCUCAAAGCACAGGGCUUGGCACAAACAUUGCGCCAUCUUCUGUAAAAAGGAAUAACUCCCAACCAGUCACCUACCCAAACAAAAUAAAAUCUGGCUCGGCAACAAGUGCAGUUCAAGGAAUGUCUGCUCAAAGCAGUUAUGCUGCUCCUGAAAAUCGUAACCAAAACAGAUCUGUGGGAAACUCAACAAAUAAACCUCCAGCUACAUUUAAUCAAGCUAAUUCUUUCUCUACUACAUUUGGAAAGGACUCAUCCAUUAAUGCAACUUCAUCUUUAAACCAGAAAACCUUCACUUUGAAUGCAAAUUCAAAUCAGAGUGUGUUUGUGCCUUCUGUUAAUAACAACAAAUCAAAUACAUCGAAGUAUGUAUUUACAAAACUAAGGAGCACUUGUGUUGAAGUUUCAGAAGAACAAUGUAGUCAAAUGACAGGCCUUGCCUCUGGAAAUAGAACCUAUAUGCAAAGUUAUAAUAAAGGAACUGUCCAAUCGCAUCAGUCUUCCAGUGGAAUUACUGGUGCUUCUUUCAAAAGGCAUCUUUCUGACUCAAUUGCAUUGACAAGUAGUAAAGUUUUUGUAACCAACCAGCAGAAUGUAAAAUGCUCUGAAGAAGAGAUUGAAAAAAAGAAACGGGAAGCACUGGCACGAAGAAUGGCGCGCCAACGUGAUCAGUAAGCACUUGAGCCAUACCAUUCCAAAGAACUGGAGAGCUGAAGAACGGACUAUACCUGUUUCUGCCAAAUACUGUCUUGAUUCUGAAUGAAAUCAUUGGGAUAAUUGCAGCCUUAUUACUUCCUGUUUUUUUUUUUUUGUUUGUUUGUUUUUCUUAAACAUUAAAAGCUCCUGCUAGUGAUUUUAAACUUGAACUGUUACUACAAAAGGUAGUAUUGAAAGUGGACCAUUCAGGAAUAAAAGAACACUUCUAGCAAGAUAAAAUCCCAGGUUUAAAAAUAGUAUAAAACCUUGAAUCCUAUAUAGUUUACCUACUUGAGGCAAUUUAAAAGCCUCCUAGGACACAACGUUGUAUAACGGCCCGUUUUCUUUAAAAUCUGUAUCAACUUUUAGACUGAAGGAGUGGUUAUAGUAAUAUCAGCUAUACGGUGCUCCCUCAUUUUCACGAAUUCAGUUAAUUAACGUUUAGGCCAUUUGACAGUAAAUUGUAAAAGUGCUAUAUUGUACUAACUGCCCUUCACCAAUUCACUUCUUUUUUUAUUUUUUUUUAAUUGUUUUUAUAAGUUAAAUAGUGUACAAGUUUGAAAAUGUGAUUCUUGAACAACUAAGGCCUGCAAACCGACUAUUUUCUUUCACUGAAAGGUGUGACUUUCUGCUUGUUUUCCGGUUAUGUCCGUAACCAUGCGGAUAUCUUGUUUUUGUGUAUCAGUUCUCACUCCAAAAUUUAAUGGAAUUGAUCACUGCUUUAGUUAAAAGUAAUAAUAGUGGAAUGGUCACUGUAUAGCUAUGGCCAAAAGUGUUGCAUCACCCUGUAGUAUUAACUAAUUUUGCUUCAUAAAUUCGAAUGAAACCUGCUUAAUAAUGUUAUGUUAACAUAUUUAAUUAGAUACCGCUUUGUACUUUUCCACGUACUUAAUGAAAAACUGACAAAUUGAAAAAUGUGACAUUUUGAAAUACUGUACUACUAUUAUGGCUUCCGGUAGACUUUUGCGAUAUCAUUUUGUAGUUUCUUUAAUUGCAUGAUGUUAAGUAAAAUUUCUAAAUUCUUUUCAUAUGUAUAAUUUUAAAUAUUCUCUCAAUCCUAAAAGUUUAGGUUAUGCAAAAUGUUUGGCCAUAGCUGUAGUAAAGUUUAAUAUGCACAUAAAAAAUUUAUAAGCAUAUUGUUUUUGUAAAUCAUUGUUCUGAAAGUGUUUAUAAAUGAAAUACCAAUUGAAGAUUGUAUUGUUUCUAUAAUUUAAUGUAUUGCGUGCUAAAUCCACGAGGGGGAAAAAAAUCCCAAGGUAUCCAUAGUGUUUUAGUGUAACAUACGGGCUAUAACGAAAUUCAGUGCAUUUGCUUGUUCAUAGAAUGAUGCUGACAAUCCGUACGGUUACAUGAGAUCACGUAGGCCUAAUUUAUUCGGAAAACAGAAUUUGUUUUCUGAAAAGGACACAUGUGUUUACAUAAGUUGGAAUAGAUAAUCCAAUUGCAAUUCCAGGAAAACGUAGAGCAUUUGCACAUAUGCAGCUGCGAGUAGUAUUGAAACAGAUGGGGCUCGGUUCAGUCUACAUUAAAACUGAGGCAUGAAUUAUCUGUUAUUUUAGACUCUGCAAAGUUGCAAAUUCUUAUACUGUGUUCAACAUAUUUUAGCCUAUACAUCUCCUCCUUGUUUUAA